UGUAUUGAUGAAUGUUAACAACGAAAUUCGUGAAAAAUAUUGUGGUCAAGGUUCGAGAUAUUAAAUGUUAAGGUCAUUGAAUUCUUGGGAAUCACUGAUUAAAUGAUAUUUCCAUCCCUUAACAAUUAAAACUCGGUUGAUCUUAAUUGCCCAUUCGGUUCAAUAGUAAUUCCAACUUGGUCGCUAUAGAGAUGAAGCUGAGACAUGAAAGUGAAUCUGUUGAUCACUUUUGCUUUGUUAUUGUUCAGUUAAUUUUUUAUUCUAUUUCAUUUCAAUUCUCAUAUUAAUUUUAUCUUAAUUUUUUAUUAUUCUGUUCAAUUUUUAUCAUAGUUUUAAUAGUUUACCAUCUUAAUUAUUGUUCCAUUAUUCUGGAUUCUCCAAUUCUUGUUUUUCUUCAGGAUCAAUUUCCAGUUUCUAUUCAAAAGCCUCAAUCAUAUGGUUUCUAAUUACUAAUUAACAUCAUCUUUACCAUAAUUUAUUGUAAUCAACGAGUCAUCUGGAUCAAUAAUUAAGUAAAAUUCCAAGUGAACAUGAUGUUUGGAAAAAUUUGAAGUCCUCAUCUGUUUACUUCAAUUCUCAUUAUCUGUUAUUUUAAUUACCUUUUUUAUACUCAUUGGUCACUAAUUGGUCACCUUUCAUCUACUAAAUGUUUAACAAGUGUCCCGGUAUUUACUGUGGUCGAGUAAUAUUUGACAAUGAGACAAUCUCUCAGUGUAUGUCUUGUCCAAGUGGAACUCGAAGCUCAACAUCUUACCCUUUCACACCAUCGACCGAGAUUAAAGUACCAUCACAAUGUAUCGAAUGCUCAGAAACUCUCGGAGCCCAUGAUUGGUUUUAUCUCGGAUUCAUGGCUCUCAUUCUGUUAAUCAUGGAAUGGUACAUAAUCGAUUACUCAAUUAGACGCCGUCAUCUUCCCUUCGAGGUUUUAAUCGUUCAUCUAAGUGCUCUUGUCGAGAUCAGUCUUGCUGCUUUAUUAACUCUUCUCUCAUUCUCAACUCCCGUCGGCUCAUUAAAUCUAAAAUGCUGUGGGGCUUAUCGAAUAGCCGAUUGGUACACCCUCUUCUUCAAUCCGAGUGUUAAUUUCAAAGACACAAUUCGAUGUGCUCAGGAAGCUGUUUAUCCACUUUACUCGAUGAUUUUUCUUUUCUAUUUUCUUUGUCUAGCCCAUUUAAUUACAAUUCGACCUUGGGUAAUUCGCUGGGUCUCCGAUUCUAGAGCACCAAACACAAUUUACUUAACUCUCUACGUUAUACCAGCUUUAACCGUUUCUCAUGCUCUUUUUUCUGGUCUCAUUUAUUAUUCGUUUCCAUUUCUGACACUUGUUAGCUCAACCAUUUCCAUCGCUGCUCAUUUCGCUUAUCGAUUAGAUCAAAGUAUGGAAGCCUUGUUUCUAAAAUCAUUUGAAAAUAUUCGCAGCAUGAUUAUCCUCUUUGGCCAUUGGUUGUUACAUGCAUAUGGAAUCGUUUCAUUGACUAAAUUUAAAAAUCCCGUUAUGGAUUCACUCAUUUUACUUCUUGUUCCCUUUCCUUCAGCUUUUUACAUUUUGACUUCCAAAUUUAGUGAUCCAAGUAAACUUCAUCUUCAUUGAAUUGACACUUUGUAUUUCAAAUAAACAAUUGUUCAUAGGUAAACACAAGACAAA